UCCAGUGCAAGUUCUGGCAGCUCCCUUGCUUAGUCUGCACAGACACACAGGCUUAUGGACAAUGACGCCCCCCCGCCCCCCUCCUCCCCGCCUCACCUGGCGUCUCAUCUGAUCCCAGCGGUUUGCUGGAGCCCGGCUGUCACACACACACACACACAGAGGCUUUUCCUGGCAUGUGAGCUCCUCUCCCUUCUGCCGGCAGGUGCUAAAGAUAAAACCAUAAAUAACUCAUAGAGGAGAGAGAGAGAGAGAGAGAGAGAGAGAGAGAGAGAGAGAGAGAGAGGGAGAAAGAGAUUGUUGAGAGUUGGAGAGGUGAGCUGACAUGGCAGCAAGCGGAGCAACACAAGCUGGCCUUUCUCUCUGAUCUUUGGAAACUCCCUUGGAUUGAAUACGCUGGCUGCUGGGUGCCUCUUUAGGAGUAGCUGGAACCAGUGGGCUGGUAAUGGGAACCCAGGACAGUCACAGUCAUCACCAUGUUUGGUGUUCACCGAUGCAACUCCACAGUGGCUUAAGAAGGAGCUGCAGCUUCCCAUAAGCCUCCUGCACUCAGCACCUCCUGGAUAUGGAUUACCGCCCUCUUCCUGCUUUCCAGCCCCACCUGCAAGCCUUCUUACAUCGAAGAGAAAUUGCCGAGAUGUGGAUUCCAGGCUCUUCUGAGGCCCAAGGUUUGAGUGAGGGCUUGAAUGAUAGGCCAUUUCCCCGGCACCAUCACAUUGCCGUUUGCAAACAGGAAACGCUGGCCUUCAUCGAGCUGCCUAACCUUGCUGCUGCCACCACCACCACUGCUACUAAUGGACGGUGUGUGCCUCCCCUAGAGAGUCCGGGGCCUCGAUUUGGCAGAAGGAUGAGCAGCUCUGAUGGAGGUGCAUGGCCGAAGCCAGCACAUUCCACGGACAAUUGGGACUGCAGUAGCAUGAGAUCCAGAAAGGAGCAGUCGAAGGAGAAGUUGGGGCAGCAGACGUUCUCAGAGUCAGUCUGGGUGAGAGGUGCACGGAGGAAGUCAGGCUCUCCCCCCAGACCCCCUCUUCAGAUGUGCGAUUCCGAACCCCAUGGAUCUGAGCCAAGAAGCCCAGACCUGUGCAGCCCACAGAGGCGGAUGUCUCAGAGUUCGGACAAGGAAAAGUCUGCUCGCCGGAAGAUGCGUGUCUACUCCCCGGAGAGCCUGAGCGACGAGUCGUUGAGCAGCCCCAGCCUGGAGUGCGAGUACCUCUUUCCGACAAGUGCCUUUGAAGAUGAACUGAAGGGCAUUCCUCCUCCUUUGCCCAGCUCAAGGGGGCCAACAGAGAGCGCAGUGAGUCCCCCAGCUGACCCAUCAGACUGUUUUGAGGACAUGGUGGUGGCAGAGGCAGCCGGACAAGCUGCUCGCCCCGGGGAUCAGGAGCGCCGGCGCUUCUCUGCCUCUGAGCUCAUCAGUCGCCUGCAGCUCUCACAGAGGAAGAGCUCUUUUACGCUGAAGCUGGGCAAGUCACUCUCUGCUAGGGUCACGCCAAAGGAGAAAGGUGGAUCUCGCAGUCUUAGCCCUGAAGGCAGACACAGCGGCAGAGAUCGCAGUUCAGCGGGCUCCGCCGACAGUGCGCCUCAGAGUCCUGUGGGCCCAGGACCGGUGCCCCCUGGUGAGCACUCUGCAGCACUGCAUAAAGGACCAUCACGACAAAGGAAGGACUCAAUGGAAGAGACCACCUGCGCUCCUAUUUGUCCUGGCUACACGAAGCGACUCUCAAGAUUUCUGCCUAAUUCAAUCUUGUAUCAGGAAUACAGCGACGUGGCCAUCAAUCGGGAGAUUCAGAGACAGCAGUGGGCAGAUGCCAUUAAUGAGGAGGACGAGAAUGGCGUUGCGCCAGCCAGCUGUAAUAUCUCCCCGACCAACUCCUUCCGCUCACAGCGUUCCUCGAGGGGAUCGGCCUUUUCGCUUUGGCAAGACAUCCCAGAUGUGCGGUCCAGCGGCCUGCUGGAUACUUUCAGCAACCAGGAGCGAAAGCUGCAGGAGGCCAAAUUUGAGCUGGUAACAUCUGAGGCCUCCUAUAUCCGCAGUCUCUCCAUCGCAGUGGACCACUUCAUGUGCUCAAGAGAGCUGAGCGACUGCCUGGGGACCCAGGAGAGGCAAUGGCUUUUUUCUAAGCUCCCCGACGUCAAGGAUGUCAGUGAAAGGUUCCUUUCAGAUCUAGAAGAAAGACUUGAGGAAGACAUCUUACGCUUUGAUGUGUCUGACAUCGUUCUAACACACUGCCCUGCCUUUCGGAAAGUCUACCUGCCCUACGUGACAAACCAGGCCUACCAGGAGCAGACAUACCAGAGACUGCUUCUGGAAAAUCCACGCUUUCCUGUGAUUCUUGCACGACUAGAAGAAGACCCAGUCUGCCAGCGAUUGCCUCUCACCUCCUUCCUCAUUCUUCCAUUCCAGAGGAUCACCAGGCUCAAAAUGCUGGUUGAGAAUAUCUUGAAAAGGACAGCACCUGGUUCCAAGGACGAAGACACAGCCACCAAAGCUUUUAAUGAACUGAAAAAGUUGAUCAAGGAAUGCAACUCCAGUGUCCAGUCCAUGAAAAGAACUGAAGAGCUAAUACAUCUCAACAAGAAAAUUCAUUUUGAAGGAAAGAUCUUUCCUCUGAUUUCUCAGUCUCGCUGGCUUGUAAAACAUGGAGAACUCCUUGAGGUGGACACUCAGACCAUCAGCAUGUCUGGCUCCAAACUGAAGCUGCCGACAAGGCCUGUUUAUCUCCACCUCUUCAAUGACUAUCUUCUGCUGUCACGGAAGAAGGAGACAGGCAAGUUUGCUGUGUUCGUGCAUGCGAAGAUCGGUGGGCUAAAAGUGAAGGACUUGAAUGUGAAGUUGCAUGGCAUCUCUGGAUAUAUCUUCCACCUGCAGAUUUGUGAUGGGCAGCAGCUGAAAUACCAGAUCCUACUUAAAGCUCUUACAGAGAGUGAGAAGCAGCGUUGGAUCACAGCCAUGUUUCCUUCAAAUCUGGAGGCAGGCAAAGAGCACAUCAAAGAAAAUGAAGAUCUACCACAAGUUCAAUGCAUCCGGAGCUACAAAGCCCAGGAGGAUGAUGAGCUGACCCUGGAGAAGGCCGACAUCCUUCAGGCUAAGACGAUAACUAAUGAUGGGUGGAUCGAAGGAAUCCGGCUUUCUGAUGGAGAGAGGGGCUGGUUCCCAAAGAGUUACGUGGAGGAGAUCACGAGCCGCAGCGCUCGCCUCCGAAAUCUCCGCGAAAACAACCGCAUCAAGUGUGCCACCCAGAAGCUCGAAGAGGAAUAUCUCUGAAGUGGGGAAAGGCUCUGCUCCUUCAAGACAAAGGUCUCUACCUCAGGACCCUGCGCACGUCCCCUCCGGUGGAAGCGAUGCUGCCAUUGCUCGAGUCUCUUGCUUCUUUGCGGACAGUUGUUGGGUUGAGAAUGACCUUCAUUGCACUCAAGUGAUGCUCUUUGGCUUGGGGUGGAGAGUGGCCUGGAUUAAAUCCUGGAUGAUCUUACCUCAGUGCUAAAUUGGACUCCUUUUGGUUUUCCUUUGUUGCUAUAUGCCAACGACAGAAUCCGCAUGGUGCCUCCCGUAGAAUCGCAUCUUAGAUGGCUUGUUCUCCCGGCACGUAGCAAACUCGAUAUUCUAAGGCACUUACAAAACUCUUUUUUUUAUUGAUAAUUUUUGUUUUAAACAUGUGGACAGUGUUCUUGUCUCUAAGCUAAUUAAAUGCAAUCACCGUACUUCUCAGCCA